GCGUACUGUAAUACUCUCCAAUCUUCAUUGUAUUAAAGCAAGAGAUUCCUAACCUUUAAUUUGACUGAAGUAUCUCUGGCACACAUUGCUUUUCCAAAGAUCUUCAAAGAUUUCCAAAUUACUUAAUUCAGGUCUAAAAUGAUGAAAAGAAUUGUCAUUGCAAUAACUUCUGGAGUUAUUGUGUCAGAAAUAAUGUGGCAGUUGUACAAGAAACAUAAACAUUCUCGGAAGAAAGUGAUCAAUACUUCCAAUUGCAAUGGUUCCGUAGAACAACUUUGCAACAAUACAGAAGCAAAGAUCUUCGAAGUCAUGUUUUUUUCACAAGAUUCUUCUUUGUGUCGACCACACUUGAGAUGUAUGCAACCAUGUGAAAAGCUGAAUUGUUCAAUAAGAUACUUAAAGAGGAUUAUAUAUUAUUUGGAUUCGGCAAUUCAUACUUUGGACAUAUGUAUAUAUUUCUUUACAUUUGUGGACUUGGCAGAGGCAGUUAUAAGGGCUAAAAACAGAAAUGUUGUCGUAAGAAUCAUAUUGGAAGAUUCUAUGACACAUAGUGAUCGAAGUCAAUUAAUGAACUUUUACAAAGAAGGCAUUAAACCAGUAUUCAAAGAGUUGGACGUCUUGGUGCAUCAUAAAUUUGUUAUUAUUGACAAUAAUAUUUUGUUAACAGGCAGCAUAAAUUGGACUAAAACAGCAUUUUUUGGAAAUUUUGAAAAUGUUUUAGUGACUAACGAAUCAGCAAUAGUUAAGCCAUUUGUACAAGAAUUUGAAAGGAUAUUGACGAUGUUUACUGCUACAGAAACUAAAUCUGAAAAUUCAGAUACACAAUAA